AUGAUAAUUGGUAAAAAGCCGUGCAGUGUGUGCGGCGAAGCUGGCGAUGGAGCACAUUUUGGAGCUGAAGCGUGCAGAGCCUGUGCUGCAUUUUUUCGUCGAAGUGUCGCUCUUAACAAAGCAUACGUUUGUCGAGCUAUGGGGGCCUGCAUUAUUCAAAAAAAUGUUCGAUGUAUGUGCCGCGCAUGUCGUUUUUCAAAGUGUAUGUCUGUCGGCAUGCGAAAAUCAGCUGUCCAACGCCAUCGUGAACUAUUUGGUAGACAAGAUUCUUCCGAUGGAUCGAACCCGAGAGUCUCGCCGAGCACCAGUUGGCCGAUGGAUGUCUCUCCAGUGAACAUUGAAGAACCAGGAAUGGCAACAUUGAACUGUCUAAACGAGAAUUAUACACAUAUGAGUAACGUGAGACGCGUGAUACACAACACUGGAAGCGGUAACAUAUUCAAUCCUCGAGAACCGAAAGCGGUGGCCUACACUGACGCGCAUUCUGUUCAUUUGAAAGAAAUUGGACUCGUUGCUGAUUGGAUAAUCAAAUCGUAUCCAGAUUUUCAGAAAGUGCACCAAGAACAGAAGAAACUACUCUACCGAAAUUUCUUUCUACCAUUCAUGAUUCUGGAGUGCGGUUAUCACUGUUGCCUAAACGACAGAACGGAUAUACUGUUCUUGCCGUCUGGGGACUUUAUCGACUGCAGUCGACCGGAAACGUUUUAUGGUAGUCACAUCAACUCGCACUUGAUGAGUCCGGAGGAAGCUAUUAGAAUGUUCGUGCCAUCCUUCGAAAUCUACAGACGCAACGUGCUAGACCCAAUGCGUCGUGAAAAAGUGGAUAAUUAUGAGUUCUUCACCUUAUGCUCUUUAGUUCUUUGGGACCAUGGCCUAGAAGGACAAAUCGAUGAAUGUGUCAAUAUGGCUCGUCAUAAUCGGGAACGAAUCCUUCGUGAAAUCCUUUACUACUACAGACGAGUUAAGCAGAUCCCCGACCCAUCCAUGAGACUUGCAAACCUCUUGGUGUUGUUGCCAGCUCUUCAGAGAUCUGUACGAAGGUUUCAGGAGGACGUUGAAAUCACACAUGUUUUUAAUGUGUACUCGGUAGAAGAGACAUUCUACGAGUUGGUGAGUGGAAGAUUAUCUGAUGGUUUCUUCCAAAAAGCAACACAAUUGGAUGCAACUCCAGAAGAGAUGAAGGAGAUCAAAAAAGAAGUGGAAUGUGUUUGGGAUCUGAAUACCAGUCAAGUGGUCGAUUUGUAUGAUCUUCCUCCAACUUCGUUUCUCACUCCAACCAGUUCAACUCCGUCGUCUACUGAAAUGUAA